CUGUAACCUUCAUCUCCGUCGAGAACCAUGGGAACGAAGAGAAAGAUUGCAAUGGCUAAGCGAGAAACGAAGUCGCAGAGAUCGGUAACGUUCAGCAAACGCCGUCUAGGGCUUUUCAAGAAAGCCGCCGAACUCUCCGCCAUCUCCGGUGCUCAAAUCGCGGUUUUAGCGACUCCUCCUUCCGGAAACCCCAACGCCGUCUACUCUGGUCCCUUCGGUCACUCCUACACUGACGCCGUCGUCGACGCCUUCCUCAGCGGCCGUAUUCCGACAGCGCAUAAUUUCUUGCCGGACAAGAAUCUUGGGUCUGGGUUUUUGUCGGAGAACUGCGAUGACGAACUCGGAAUCCUCAUCGAGAAACUAAUAAGCGAUCUCAAGAACAGUCCUGGGUCUGGGUUUUUGUCGGAGAACUGCGAUGACGACCUCUUAAUUCUCAUCGAGAAACUAAGCGAUCUGAAGAACAAUCCUGGGUCUAGGUUUUUGUCGGAGAACUGCGAUGAUCCUGACGAACUCAGAAUUCAAAUCGAGAAACUAAGCGAUCUGAAGGACUGUGUGGGUAUAAUUCAGCGGAAGAGAGAGGAACAGAUCGUUUCUUGCGGACAUAAUCUUGACAAAGACAGCAACGCAAAGUCUGCGCA